AUGGCCGCAAGAACAUCAACUCGCCAAGCUGCACAGAGGGCCAAUCAGGCAAUUACCGGGGGUUCCGACUCGAAAGCGGGCGCGAAGCGUAGGGGAUCCGCUGCGAAGGGCCCUGCAGCCAAACGAGGGAAGAAGAAUGAAGAGACUAAGAAGACAAAUGACAUGAAGAAGGCGGAAGGUGCCAGACAAGCCGAGGAAGACGCCAAGCAGAGAGAGGAGACAGAGAAAGCGGAGGCUGCUAAGCAGGAGGAAGAGGGUCGUGGAGAAGAACCGAAGAAGGGUGAAGAAGAGAAGCCCGAGACCGCUGAAGGGGAGAAACCAGAAGCACCUGAAGAGGCGAAGCCCAAGGAAGAGCCACGAGAGAAGGAUGAAGGAAACGGAGUUUCGCAGGCGCCAAAUGGUAAGAUCACUGUGAAUACCAUCAUAGAGAUGUCUUCGUUGCUUCUGUCCUUUAUCGGCACAGCUAACACCUCGAAAGGCCAUGAAGCAAAGGAAACUACUCCUGAGCACAAGCCUCCCGAGAAGGAGCCUGAAACGGCUAACGGUGCCUCCACUGGUCUCAAAGAAUCUAAGGAGAGGGAGAAUAUCGUUCCAUCAAAUAUCUUGGAAAAGGGAAUCAUUUACUUCUUCUUCAGACCUCGCGUGAAUGUUGAGGAACCGCACAGUAUCAAUGAGGUUGCGAGGAGCUUUUGCGUCUUGCGUCCCACUCCGCUUGGAGCGACUCUGGACAAGGGUCGUGUCGAAGCCCAGAACUGCCGCUUGUUGAUGCUACCCAAGAAGAAGUUUCCCACUUCUGGUAGGGAGAGGGAUAUGGGCUUCGUCGAAAAGGCGGGGAUGUCCAUGAAGGACCUCCACGAACAGUUCAUCGCAGGAGGUAGCUAUGAAACAUCAACCAGGGGCGAACGCACCAAACCGGAGGCCAAGCCUUAUGCAGAGGGAGUCUACGCCAUAACUUCCACAAAGCGUGCUUCUCAUCUUGCUUAUAUUCUAACGGUUCCUUCGGAAGCCGGGGACAUCCAACAGGAUUUCGGUCUCCAUAAGCGUGGCAGUUGGAUCCUCCAGUCGAAGAAUCCGAAGUACCCUGGUCCAGCACAGCUACCUAAAAACCCCGAAUAUCCUGAACACGUCCAGGAGAAAUUUGGUGAUUAUCGCUGGAUUCCUCUGGAGCCAGAACUGAUCGAUUAUCCGAAUGCACAGUUCUUGAUGAUUGGAGAAGGUCAAGAUGAGCUUGGAAAGGCCGCAACCGCCGAGCCUGGUGGGAAGCAGCCUCACGAAGAACAGCCCGGGGAGGAAGUUGAGAAACUGGAGGAAGAAAACGAAGAACGAAUUGAGGCUCUUGGAGGUGAUCAUGCUGUUUACGAGGACCUGGGUCUUGAGGCAGAGAAAUACCCUCAAGUUCCGACGACCUGGAACGCAUAG